AUGACGGUACAACAAACAGCUACAUACCGUGUGGAGAGGUCAGUCAAGGAGUUCAAUCAUGCUGCCGAGUUGGCCACAAUUGUCUCGGAGCCAAUGCUUGUUAUGGUCACGAAGGUCAGUUCUACCAGCAAAUCUUUUUCCAAUCCCCUCUUUUGCUUACUGCAAAUAGUCGGCAUGGUCUACACUGCCGGCUGUACCGACGAAAGUUAUGGCUCCAGUCGAUGCCCAUCAAAAUGCAAUUCAGGUAAAAGCCUUGGACAAUACAUCGCGGAGGUCACGGCUGAUCCUUCUCGGCUUCUAGAUGCCUACUGGGUGGGUCAUAGCUAUUGCAAUGGCACGUCUAACCAAUGGUCUUGUUGUGACAACCAAUUUGGUGACAGUAGCAACAAUGAAAACUUUCCCUUUUUCAACGGCCAGCCAUGCUGGUGUCCUGAAGAGAAUGCCAAUAUAGCUUUCGCCGCUCCCUCAAAGAUUCCAGAUAUUGCAAAUCUCGUCCUUGACCAACCAGGUAGAAUUUCAUAUUUUCCCGGUCAGGCCCCGAGUAUGACGAUAAACGAACCUCCCAAUACCAACUCAAACCCUUCUACUAGUUCGGAUUUUGAUUCUCCCACCACAGCUGCAGCAGACCAAACUCAAAUCACUCGAAUCACAGUGAGUCCCUCCGCGACCAACGACUCUCCUGCUCGAAACACCGCAUCCCCAUCUCACAGCAGCUCCACAUCUCAAACUCCCAUCGCCGGCUCUCCUGCCUCCCCUCCGAUCACUCCCUCCAAGGACCCAAGCCUCUCCACCGACUCCAAAAUCGGAAUCGGGGUUGGCGUCGGCGUCGGGGCCCUCAUCCUCGCCGCCCUCGCCUGGCUACUCUUAAGCUUCCUACGCAAACGCCGCCAAAAAGCGCCGCCCCCAAUCGAACACCCAUUCCGCCCAAAAUCCUACGGAAGCUACGCCGGCAUCUCCGAUGCCCACAGUAGAGAUAGCACGAACGGUGACCUACGGAGUCCAGCGUGGUCAGGCCACAAACCGGAGUUGCCUGCUGAUGAGAGAGCGGUUGUGGCUCCACGCGACGUGUCAAUGAUAGAGACCACAUGA